GCCUUAGACUAAGAAUAGCUAAGAGCGUUGUUAUGAUCUGGCCUUAGACUAAGAAUAGUUAAGAGCGUUGUUAUGAUUUGGCCUUAGAUUAAGAACGAUUUAAGAGCACUAUCGAAAUAAUAACUUAAUUGAAUAAAAUAUGUUGAUAAGAACUGAAUAAUAUCAAAACUGUGAAUGUCUGAAGUGAACAUUGUGUGCAUGAUAUCAAAUGAUUUGAUUAUGAAUUUAGAUUCAGUUUCUAUGGAUGUUCGACGCAUUAGAUAUGCUUACUCAGCUUUAUCGCUGAGCGUGUAGUAUGUUUUAUUUGCUACACGCAGGUAAACAGAAAGAACAAUGUGAUCCUGGUGGCAGAUGAGGCGAGAUUGUCGGGAUGGAUGUGACAAGUUUUGAAAUGAAUUAUGAUAUGUCAAUUUUUAAUUCGCUUCCGCAAUAUUGUUGAAUACUCUGUACUGUAUAUGUUAUGAAAAAUAUUAUUGUGAUAAAUAAAAGUGUUUGAAAAGUUUUAAAUUUUUACGAUUUCCAAGUUAAUACUUUAGUCCAAAAGGGGCUGCAGACCUGGACGGAUUAGGGUGUUACAUCGCGUGUGUCCGUCCUAACCACCGUGGAUUUCGCGGAGGCCUACGAUCUCAUAGCCAGGGCAGACAGCGACUUGAGUGCUUGCAUUGAGUAUCUGAAGACAAAUAAUGUCAGUUCAAGCACUCACCGUCCCAUCAGCUCUAUCUCAAAAGGAAAAAGGCCCUUCCAGGAAUCUAGCAAUUCACACUUCUCAAAAAAGGGGAAAUCGAUGCAGACGCACUCUGUGGCAUCGGAGAACAAAUCAAGAGGGUGGAAACACCCAUUGUGCGAUACAUGUGGGAAACAUCAUCUAGGCGAGUGUUGGCUAGCCCAAGGAUUAUGUCUAGGUUGUGGCAGACCUGGACAUUUUCGGAGGGAUUGCCCCACUAAUCCUGGCAAACCAUUUCCGACAGCCCAGUUGUCAGCCAAUCAGCAUCAGCACGACCUGCGCCAAGUCAACGAUCAACGGCAGGAUCUAAUCUGGCCAAGAACCAGAGUCAGCAACAGGGACGAGCUCCUGCUCGUACUUAUGCAAUGAAGGCACGAGCUGAGGAAAACCCUGACGUCAUUCAGGGGUUUAUUUAUACAUCCAGUAUUAGCACUAACAACUCCCUUAUUAAUAGCUAACUAGCUAACCACCCUAACCGCUCUUAGUCAUCACGUUGACCAAGACCUCCACAUCAGCAAGCUAUAACAUAAUGCCAAAGAGAGAUGAUUGGGCUAGGGUUCGAAACCCUAUCACCCGGCCACGACAUGGAUCUACAAGGUUCAAAGUAGCAAGCAGAUACAGCAAUUGAGAAGGAAGGGAAAGGGAAAUAGUCUGGACAACCUACCACCAUCGACAGCUUAGAGACGAUGAGCGAUAGAAGCGAUCCGAAAUCUAGAAAAAUCCAGCAUCUAAUGGUGUUUUUGAGGGAGCGAGUACAAGAAUAGAGAGCAAAAUGACGAGAUGGAACGAUGCUGGGCCUAGGGUGAGAAAUCCUA